AUGAGCUUGGUCUGCACAAACCGACAUUCAUUUUUCGACGAUUUUAGCGACAAUUUGGCCACAACCGGUCAGUUUCACGUGCUUAUGUGUUUGUGGGAGGAGUUGCUUCAGAGUCACCGUGAGACUAUGUUCACACAAGACUGUGACACUGCCAGCAGCAGGAAGUGCGCCAAGGUGAACAAUUGUUGCUGGGUUGUGGAUCGUGCUCUCGUGUUAUCAUCAUGGAUGAUGGGCCAGGGUGUGAAAAAAAUCCGAUUGGAGCGGGAUCCCCGCUUUUGUGGUGAGAGUUCUGACAUUUUCGUCGCUGUUAGCCCUGGUGUCAGGGGCUGUUAA